AUGGUAUCAGACACACCUUUGAGCCGCUCGAGCAGUACAAGUGAGAAAAUCCAAGUAUGGGCCUUGGACUCGCUUCCAGGCACAGGUGAAAACGACUAUGCAAGUCGAGACGUCACAAGUUCAAUUGAAACAAUUUUACCUGUCGUUAAGAAGAUUUCGGUACCUAUACACUCGAAAACAGAACUCAUCAAAGAGCUACAGAGACAUGGUGUCGCACUUGGUGAAGCACAAUGGCUUACGACAAAUUUGCGGCUCAUUAGUAAAAGUCCAGAACUUUACGAGUGGAAGAUGAAUGCUGAUGUUAUUGACGAAUUGUAUCAAUCGUUUCUAUCAACGGACCUUUGGCCUGUCAUUGAGCAUUUAGAUGCAAGAAAGUGCAAUGAUGUGGAAAUUCACUUUGUGCACGCUUCAAACAACAAUAUGUGGAGUCCCAAUCUGCUCCGUCGGCUCGACGCGCUGCGGGAGAAGCACGUUUAUCGUCAUUUGCUAGAAAAAUCGGGUCACUGGUAUAUUCGACUGGGCGACCAACGGAAAUUUCGUCGCUAA